UGCGCAAAGUGCCGCCGGCCGGCGGCACGAUCUAUACAUGCCAUCGGGGAUGCAUUACGCUAGCAACAGGUUGACCAAACUGCUUUCUUGUUUCUGUCUUUUCCUGAUUUUCUGUGUAUCUCCGAAUUCGAACUUGAGCUUCAUCGAUGCCAUUGUUUACUACCGUGCGAACGACAGCUAACUAGACUACAACAUACGGCAAUCAACGUAAAAGCUUUGAUCAUCAUGGCCUGAUCCUCAUCUGUCGGCCUUUGUGCUCUAAACGAUCGUCCUUUCCUCAUCAAAUCGUCUGCCACGAUCCCAUGGACAUUGAAAACACGGAGCCUGAGUUGACCGACUCUUGUGCUGGCAUAUCUCACGGUGUUGAUGCCAACGGAUGCAACAAGGCCAAGGAUGGUGAUCCAAAGAAUCCGUACCUGGAAUUAAUGGAAGAGAUUGUAGAAGGGAAAAUAUACCUUAGAACUGUCGAUGAAUCCAUGUCUGAAGUCCUGCGCCAAAAACAUCGCAUCACGCACGUCCUUACCCUUUGCAACGCUCAUUUCCUACCUGAACAACGCCGUGAUCUCGUCCUUGUCAUACGUCGAGACAGGGACGAAGAUAUCUAUUCACACUUCUAUGAGGCGGUUGACUAUAUUCACAGUGUAUUAUUGAGGCAGGGAAAGGUGCUUAUCCACUGUAUGCUCGAGAUAUCAAGAGGCAUCAUAAUUGUGGCGGCAUAUCUUAUUCAUACACGUAAUAUGACGGUAGAAGAAGCGCUGGCGUGUAUUCGACAACGAAGAGAAUGGGAUGUGUCCCACGGCAGUUUCCUGAAGCAACUGAGAAUUUAUGAAUGUUCUCAUAAUCCCAGCUCCGACAAUCCGAAGUAUCUUACGUGGAAAUCCAAGCAAGACAACAGCGCAGUUUCCUUAAAGACAUAUCUCUUUCUGGACAGAAUAUACUUAAGAGGGUCCUUUCUCCCUGAUGAGGAUGAAGCUGAAGCGAAAAUCAAGGCGAUGAAGGUUACACACCUGCUCACAACCGUUUCGCAACGCAGGAUAAGCCUGGAUUCAAAGUUCCAUGUCAUUGACACGCAGCGGAUAUAUCAAGCUGCUCAGUUCAUACACGCGGCCCUUGAGGCUAAAGGAACUGUUCUGAUAUACUAUCCGGAGGAAUCGGUGAGUUGGACUAUCAUAUGCACUUAUCUGAUGGCAUACGCAAACUCUAAGAAUUCAGAAACGGUCUAUGCCACCAUGGACGCUGGGCUGGUCAGCAAUGCAUUCGAAGGCGAGUGGAAACCUGUCGAGCACCGCCCACGGAUUGUUGUAACCGGAACUGAGUACUCUGACGCUACCGAGUCGAAGACCCUGGGGAGAGAGACGGUGAAAGUCACCAAUGAUCAAGAAUCGACCAUUGGUGUGAAUAAAGAGCUAAAUCACCUCAAGGAUGAAAGAUAUCAGAGCGGCUCGAAAUCUGAGAAAACCAAGUUCUCAAAAAAAGUCAAAACCUGGUUUGGCCACGGACGUGGUGGCUCAAAGAGUGGGAAAGAGGGGUAAGAAUAAGACAGCUGAUGGUUGUAGAUCUCUUGGUUCUGGAUUUAACUAUGAAAUUAAUUCAAGUUUUCAAACGCAGUCUGUUGCGUCAUGUAACAAAGUAAACGCCACUAUUCUACAACCUGAACCUAUAUGCAGCGUUCUUCACCGUGCAUACGCUGAUCUGUGGACCAUGCUAUCGAUGUC